AUGCUCAAAACGUGGGCGCAAGACAGACACCAAGAUGAAAGUUUGGACGAUUUAUGGAGAAAGAUGGAAGGCGUAUGGAGAAUUGAACAAAUUUAA